UUCAAAGUUUUGAAAUCAAUGGCUAUCCAACUUUAAAAUUUAGGAAGAAAGAAUUUCUUGAAAGUCAGGAAGAGGGUAAAAAUGAUCCCUUAGAUGUGGUUUGGCACAAUUAUGAAGGAGCAAGGACUUCAUCAGAUAUAAUUUCAUAUAUGAGUAAUGUAUUACAGCCUGAUUGGAAACCAGAAGCAAAUCCUGUAUUAAUAUUGACAGAUGAAAACUUUGAUUCAUUUGUUCCAAAAUACAAAUUGAUUCUCAUUGAAUUUUAUGCCCCUUGGUGUGGUCAUUGCAAGGCCCUCGAACCGCAUUAUAAAUCAGCUGCUAAGGAAUUAAACCAAAUAUCUGAUUUGGAUGAACAUGAUUUUAUUAAACUGGCUAAAAUCGAUGCAACCCAGAAUAAAAAUAUAACCUCGAAAUAUGAAGUUAAAGGUUAUCCCACUCUGAAAAUAUUUAGGCGUGGAGUAGCUUAUGAAUACAAUGGGCCUCGCGAUAGUUCAGAAAAUAUCGUAAAAUACAUGCUGAAUCAAAUGGGCGAUGGCAGCAAAGAAUUCGAAAACUUGAAACAAAUGAGAAAUAUUAUGGCACCAGAAGAGGUCACUUUCAUUGGCUUUUUCGAAUCUAGGGAGGAUGCUAAAUAUCAUGUCUAUCUUGAUGCAUGUAGCUCCUUGCGGGAUGAUUUUACUUUUUUGCACACCUUCAAUCAAGAGGUUAUGAUGAGUACGCGCGUGCCCAAUAAUACUAUCCUAUUGCUGCAACCCGAAAAAUUUCAAUCGAAAUACGAGAGCUUAAGAUUCGUUUUCCCCGAGGAUGAUGAAGUUACCUCUCAAACUUUAAAAUCAUUCGGCGAAAAAUGGAGGCGACCAUUGGUGGGUCAAAUGACGAAAGCUAAUCGACAAUUCUUAUUUCUAACGCUACCUCUAUGCGUCGUUUUUUACGGCAUCGAUUGGAGUUUCGAUCAUAUCCAAAAUACUCAAUAUUGGAGGGCCAAAGUGUUAGAGGUAGCCAAGGAUUUUCACCCACGGAUAACUUUUGCCAUCGCUGACGAAACGGAAUUCCAGGACGAAUUAAAGAAAUUGCAACUUGACGAGAGUGGCGAGGAAGUGAACGCCGGGUGCUAUACACAGUCCAAGCGAUUCAGAAUGGAUCCGGAGGAAUUCGAGGUCGACAACUAUCGCUCAUUCAUAAAGGAAUUUCAAGAUGAUAAUCUCAAACCUAUUGUAUGGUCUCAACCUGCACCCGCAGUUACUGCCAAUGCCCAAGCUAAUGUUAAGACGUUGGUGGCUCAUAAUUUGCCUAAUGUCUUUACGGAUACGGGGAAUAGGGAAAAAUUAAUUUUGAUCGAAUUCUACGCACCUUGGUGUGGCCACUGCAAGAAAUUGGAACCCAUAUACAAUAAGUUGGGUAAGAAAUAUUUGGAAGAAAACAGAAUAAUUAUCGCGAAAAUAGACGCUACGGCUAAUGACAUCGAUAAGGACAUCAUUCAGAUUACCGGCUUCCCUACUCUCGUACUCUUUAAACCGCCACAUAUAAAUAAAGUUCCGGUUAUAUACCAAGGCAAAAGGGAGUUCGAUUCAUUAGUGGAAUUUGUAGAAGCUCAUUUGGUCAAUUUAACAACAUCAAUAGACGAACCUAAAAUGGAAAGAAUCGAACUUUAAAUACAUAUUGAUAAUAAAUUAAAAUUUGAAUGAAUUCAUAUUUUUAAAAUGUUUUUUUGAAUUCUUCUCAAACAUAAUGCACUCAUUUAUCUA